AUGUCGCGCUGCGAAGAUGAUGCAGAGAACCCUCCCUUCGAGUACAAUUGGAUCAGUGAUGUUGAAACGCUUGAAAAAUAUAAGCCCGAAGGCUACCAUCCAGUCAUGAUUGGCGAUGUGUUCCAUGGCCGCUACCGCAUCGUGGACAAGCUGGGCUUCGGGGGGUAUUCAACCGUUUGGCUUGCGCAAGACAGGCACCGCGAAGAAUAUGUCGCCGUUAAGGUUGGAAUUGCGAAUUCUCUCUCUCAGGAGAUGAAGUGUCUCCGAGCUCUCUCUGCAUCAUCUGUACAUCCUGGUCACGAUGCGAUUCUAUCUUCUCUGGACGAAUUCGAGGCUCGUGGACCUAAUGGGGCUCAUCCAUGCCACACGAUGGCUCUUGCGCGAUGCAAUCUAAGAGAGGCGUCCUUUAGCUGUUUGUUUCCCCUCGAUGUUGCAAGAGCAUUAGUCGGGGGACUGACGAUGGCUAUUUCCCAUAUGCAUUCAUGCGGAUACGUCCACGAAGAUAUCCACCUCCGCAAUAUCUUGGUCAAGAUUCCCUCUAGCUUCAACCAUCUCUCCGUCAAACAGUUUUACGAGGAAUAUGGCGAACCAGAGACCGUCCCGAUUACGCGCUGA